AUGGAAGUCAUCUUUUUUCGCGAGACGCAUUUAAUUCAACAAGCUCUCUUCCUGAUUUCUACUGUUCAUUCACAUCAUUCUCAAGAUCUACCAUCCCUCAAUUCCGACACUUUGGCAAAUAAAAGUCCUAGGAAGAAGAAAAUGGAAGUAUGUCUCGAAAUUGCAGAUCUCCAUUCCUCGUCACGUUCUGAAGCACUCGAAAUUCUCACCAAGAUAGCCCGCAUCGAGAAGAGAACGUUCCCGACCAACGAAGCGUUUGAAUUUGAUAUCAAGUUAUGGAAGAAAUCUAACACGAGAGUUCUUUACGCUACUACUACCAAAGCUCACAGUGAUAAUGACAAUGGCGGACCCCGUGGUGAUAAUGUGGUUGUGGUUGCUUACCUUGUAUAUGUACGACAUCGCAAUAUCGCACUGUUACAUAAAUUGUGUGUUGUAGACGCGUACCGGCGCAAAGGUAUUGGUGAACGAUUAUUGGUACAUGCAAUCAAAGAGAGAUUGGUAAAUAAUGAGCCGGGUUGCGAGUAUAUUCAGUUGUGGGUUGAUAAGGCGCGGGUACCUGCGCGAAGUCUGUACACCAAGUGCGGAUUCGAGGAGAAGGAGGAGGUACCUGAUUAUUAUGCUAAAGGGAGAACGGGGAUACUCUAUACUUACCUGGAAGUCGAGCACAUCAUGGCUUUUUCGACGACUAUGGCAUCGAAAUUGGCUGUGAUGCUCUUGCUGAUGUUAGCCAACAUUGUUGAUGCAAUUCCAACACCAAACUAUCCGAUUAAUUCGCAGUUACCCCCUGUUGCUCGUGUGUCUCAACCUUUCAACUUCACUUUUUCGGGCGGCACUUUUAUCAAUAGCGGCACUGGCUUACAGUAUUCAUUAUCAAAUGCUCCAUCAUGGUUGAAGGUGGACACGACGAGUCAGACCCUAUAUGGAACUCCAAGCACGAAUGAUGCUGGUGCACCGCAAUUCCUUCUUGUCGCUGCUGAUCAAUCCGGAUCAGCAUCAAUGAGCGUAACGCUGGUUGUUUCUAGUGAAUCGGGCCCACGAACUGGGAAGUCUCUUCUACCCCAGCUAGCAAAGAGUGGCUCAACAUCUGGUCCAGCAACUGUCUUUAUGCAUCCUGGGCAAGCAUUCACCAUAAACUUCGAUCCCAAAGAGAUAUUCGCCAAUACCCAAGCAAAUACUGUUUACUAUGCGACAUCUGCGCCGUACAAUGCUCCUCUACCGUCGUGGAUAUCAUUCGAUCCGUCGAACAAUCUCAAAUUUACCGGUAAUAGUCCAUCAAAUCCAUCAUCGGUCCCUCAAUCAUUCAGCUUCAAUCUCAUAGCGUCUGACGCCGCCGGAUUCAGCGCGGCUAUGGUGACCUUUGAGAUUGUUGUAAGCCAGCAUAUAUUGUCAUUCGGACAAACUGCUCAGACCCUCAAUUUCACUCGUGGUCAGCCGUUUAGCACACCACAUUUCAUUGACGAUCUUUCAUUGGAUAACCAUAGUGUCACUGCAAAGAAUCUGUCGCAUUUUAGCGUUGACGGGCCAUCCUGGCUCAAGCUUGACAACGACACACUCUCUCUUAGCGGAAUAGUUCCCAAUGACGCUGACAAUCAGAACAUCACAAUCACUGUAGGCGACAUCUAUGACGACAAUGCCAAACUGGAGCUCUAUCUUCGAGUCUCGCAACUCUUUGCAAAGGGUGUAGAAAGCUGCAAUGCCACAAUCGGUGAAAAAUUCUCCUACUCAUUCGACAAGUCUUUAUUGAGUGAUGACUCGGUCCAACUGCGAGUUGAUUUGGGUGCAGCGUCCUCCUGGGCCCAUUACGACCUGGCGACUAAGAUGAUCUCUGGAGACGUGCCAAAGGACUUGACACCUCAGACAUUCCCAAUUAAAUUGACAGCUACUCAAGGAUCGAUUGAGGAGACGCGAAACCUGAACCUCAGUGUUUUCAGGUCUGGAAAGACAGGCGUUGUCAGCGAUAAUCAGACCUCUUCGGGUACAAAUCACGGCACAAGCAGACGCAAAGCUGGGAUCAUUGCUGCUGCCGUGUUAUUACCUGUGGCGUUAUUAACAGCAGCAGGUAUCUUUAUCUUCGUCUGCUGCCGUCGACGAAGGUCCAGAAUCGAUGGCACAAAACACAAAGACGAAGAGAACCCUGCUGGAGAUACACAUUCAGGUCCAGUCACGCAUCCAGAGAAGAACAUGGAAACAGAGGUCGCGGAGAUGUCGCGAAGUCUUUCGAACUCGUCAGGCUCUUCGAACGAUUCCGCUCCUCCUCAGCUAGAAUUAGAUCCGCUGUGGGAAACUGCUUCUCUAGAAGAUGAACAACAGCAAAGACAUGCCCAAUCACCUAGCGUUUCUGUCCAACCUCAAAAUUUUGUCAUGGAUUGGGAUAAUUCCAUUAUGGGUACGGAGAAAAUCCAGGCGUCACCCAACGUGUCUCCCACAAGAAGCACAAGCGUGUCCCAAACAUCUCCGUUUACUCGUCGCAGUAGCCGGCGAUAUUCAAAACGGGAGCCUCUCAAAUCGAUACAAGCUCGCUCUAUCAAGAGAGAUUCCAUCAUGUCUUCGAAAUCCAAACGCUACUCUAGACGUUUGAGUGGGAUAUCGGCAACAGGGCUUCCGGUUCGACUUAGCGGUGCAGGUCACGGUGCUGGAGGAUUUGGUCCAUUGCGAACAGAUGUGGUUGGAGGAUCAUGGUAUACUACGCAAGUAUCGUUACAGAGCGAUGACACCAGCAUUGAAAAUCUUGCAACUAUGUUCCCACGCCCACCUCAUGUACGGAACAGAGAUGGAAGCCUGUCAAUGCGACACCGCGACUACCAAAAGCGAGCCAGCAUGAGAUCGAAUAGACCGCUAUCUACUGAGCCUCCAGAGCCUGAUUCCCUCGAGGCUUUCAUUCAAGGCCGAGCGCGCAACCGCAAUUCUGGCAAUCCUUACUUCUCAGCCAGGAUGAACAGCUCAGGUUCCACGGGUUACCGUGCGUUAGAGAAAGCUCGUCGCAGCUCUAGUAUUGCUGAAACCACAGUGUCCACAUCUACUUUUGCAGAUGAUCGACAACAGCAUCCAGUGCGCCCCGUAUCGACCAUAUCAGCGUCUAUAUAUGAGGAUGAUAACCGGAAUUCGGUAAUACAAGCACGGCCAAUGUCGCAGAUUUCCGAAGUUGGAGCAUUCCCUGUCAACAGGAAUCGGACUAGCCAAGGCUUAGUCCAGCGUUAUACGGAAGCCAUUGCGGAACUACCACGAUUCUGGAGUCAGACCAGCAUGAGAAGCGCGAAACCCUUCGAGUCUGGAGAGUCUCUGACGGGAUCAGAUGACUAUUAUAAUUUGAUAGAUGAACUUGAGAACCCUGAAGGAGGCCGACAGUGGUACCGCGUGAAUUCACAAACGCAACAACAGUCCAAUACCGAAGAAGUCACCAAGGCUGAUUCCAUCCGACAAAGCGCGGAACUCUCUCCGAUAUCUGAUGCAGGUGGUAGUCGAGUACGGCGCAUGAGUCUGCUGCGAACAGGGUGUCAAGAUAGUAGCCCUACUGCCGUUCGGCAUUGGCGACUCGCAAACACGCUGGAACGACGGCCCAGCAUUGAGGGUAGUGACAGUCUUCAACCGACAGCAAAUAGUAGUUUUCGGGGUGAUCUAGCAUUUGUAUAG